AUGAGUCAACCCGUGAGUAGCACCAUGACCCGCCGGCGAUCGGUGAUUGAUACCUACUCGGAUGGCCGUUCAGCGGUGCGGUUGGAAAACGGCAACAGCUAUAUUGGUGGCUGGCAAGAUGGCAAAUUUCAUGGCGCCGGCGAGCUGGUCGGCGCAGAUGGCCUGCGUUACAAGGGCCAGUUUCAGCUCGGUCAGUUUCACGGCCGCGGUACCUUGACCACCAAGGCGGGUACUUUUGACGGCGAGUUUCAAAACAACAAAAUGCACGGCCAAGGCGCCUUCAAGUAUGCCGACGGCUCCUCCUACACGGGCUCCUACAACGCCGGCAUUCGCGAGGGUCAAGGCCAACUCACACUCCCCGAUGGAAGUCACUACAAAGGCCCCUUCAAGGUCCGAUCUGUUGCGAUACCGCCCCCACCCCGCCAAGACGAUCCCGCGCUCACCCAAAUGCGUGGUGCCGUCUCGAACGACAAGCAAGAAGGCGUUGGUGUUCUCGUCCUGGCGGAUGGGUCCAAAUAUGAGGGCGCUCAUCUACUAGUCAAGGGCAACUUUGUCAAGGGGGCUCUGGAAGGCCCCGGCGUCAUGUCUGUACCGGAUGGCCGUGCCUAUGAAGGCGAGUUUGUUGGCGGCAAGCCCCAUGGUCAAGGCAAGCUGACCUUGCCAGAUGGAUCGCAUUUUGAAGGCGCCUUUGUUUCUGAUAAUCGGCAAGGUCCAGGCGUUCUCAAGAGCAAGCGCGCGGGCCUCCCUCCGUUUACAUACGAUGGACUGUGGAAGAACGACAAACGCCAUGGCCGUGGCAAGCUCACCUUUGAAACAGAGAAAGGCUCACUCGUAUUUGAUGGGGAGUUUGACAACGGCCGACCCCUGGAAGGUGGCACUAUGACAUGGCCCGAUGGGCAUCAACAAACUUUGAAGGUGGAGGAACGUUUUGCCGCAUACCUGGGGCCUGGCUCUCAUGCUUUUGGCUGGGAACUCGCUCUUCUCAAGGUUCUCGAGGCCCAACGCGCUGCCGUGGUCAGUUGUCUCUCUUUCAUCUGA